AUAUAGUUUUGUUUUUAUUUAUUUAUACAGAUCUGAACGUAUCGGCUUCCGUUAUAAAUAUUUUUUUCGCGGGGACUGACACAAUAGCUACCAUGAUUCGCUGGGCGAUACUUUACCUCAUCCACUACAAACACAUCCAGGACAAAGUUCGACAGGAGAUUGAGACAGUCAUAGGGACGUCUAAACCUCCGUCACUCGCCGACAAAUCCCACAUGCCUUACUAUGAAGCGUUUAUAACAGAGGUGUUCCGAAUGAUGGGUAAUAUAGCUCCCCUGUCUGUGCCUCACGGGGCAAAAAAGGACAUCCAUUUCCGGGGCAUGGUCAUUCCUAAAGGGUCGGUUGUUAUACCAGAUCUUGAUUCAGUUUUAACAGAUCCGUGCUUGUUUGAGAAGCCUGAUGAAUUCCAACCUGAGAGAUACCUGGGAAAAGACGGACAAUUGAAUGGAAAAGAAAAGUCAGUGAUAACAUUCUCGCUAGGACGCCGUAUUUGUCUCGGAGAAUCCCUAGCGAGGAUGGAACUAUUUCUGUUCAUGACCUCACUGCUGCAGAGGUUUCAGUUCCUACCGGAGAGCCCAGACAAGUUUCCAUCUUUCGAGGCGACCUUGGGAAUAGCGCGUGCGUCAAAGGACUACAAAUGUCGGGCUGUGAAGCUUAAAUGA